AUGGCGUCGGGGGCCCGACCUUUUUUGCGAGGCAAGAGCUUCAGCAAGAGCAAAGAUCAGAGAGUUGACAUUGAUAUCCCCCUUCCGAGAGAUGAUCGGCCAUCCUGGGGAAGACGACCGUCGAACCCGUCGAGCUUGAAAACUUCGGUGGGAACAACGACUGCUGCUGAUCUCGUGAGUCAGUCACGAGGCGACACAUCAGAGACACCAGCCCUGCAUGAGCCAUUUGCUGAAGAAGUUCGCCAUGACCUCUCGAAGCCUCCAGACAUGGAGGUGUUCCGCGUCACCACCAACGACAUUUUGUCCCCGACAGCAGGGAGAGUUCAGGAUGGCAACGACCGCUCAUUCGUGGAAACCUCCCCACAUGCCGACGACAACGCAACCGCUGCGCGUUUUGCACCGACAUCGAAACAUGUUGGUCUUCAUGGCAAGGACAAAGACCCGAUGCCACAUCAACCUUGUCAGCAAGGUGAUGCAAGUCCACGCCCUGGCAGCAGCAUGGGUGGGGCACAGUGCCGAAGGGCCAGUCUGCCGCUUCCCGCACGGCCGGGAAGCAGCGCAUCUCCCCGGAGGAAGUCUUUCAGCGUCAACGAUGCAGACUCGGCCGCUACGGGCCCGAGAAUCAGCGGAUCUCCGAAGAAAAAGUUUUCCGCCGUGCACGACGUCGAGUUGGAUACGAUGAACAUGGCAUCCACGGGAGUGCGAUGUCUGCAACGGCAGGCAGAGGCGCCACGACCCUCGACUGACGACGUCCCUGUUCAAAGGAAUCCACCUCUCAGUGCAAGGCAUUUCUCGACUGACCCGACUCCGGCUGACGACAUCCCUGUUCAAAGGACCCCCACUCUAAGUGGCGGCGGCAGGCCGCCGUCACAGAGCGCACCUUCGAGACCCGGGUUCAAGAAGGCAUCGACCUUCUCGGAGAUCACAUCAGUUGUAGCGGAUCCGUCCAGCCCCAAGGGAGAGGGCGGUGGUCGCGCUCGACGCCUCUCCCUCAUCCCAGCAGGACAGCUGCAGCGCCAGCUUUCAUUUGCCGACGAAUCGCUUGACGAGUUGUCUGCAAACAUCUUCGCAGAGGAACCUCAAGUGGACUGGCUCGAAGACUUUUGGAACCGCGUGCUCGUGGGGAUACCCCCUGCUGAGUGCAGGGGCCUCUCCACGCGCUCCAUCGACUACUGGGUCGAAAUCUUCAAUCGAUGGCAAGCCAUGGGAUCAUGGAAGAGGGGCAGUGCGCCGAAGUUCAUGGAUGCGUACGAGCUGCAAGAGCUUCUCUCCGUGCCCAUGCCGAAGACCCUCGCAUGGGUCAAGCUCUUCGAUCCUGCAGCUUACGCUCAGCAUGCGAGCACCAGGUCGGCCAUGGACCUCAAAAGGGUGAAGGUCCCAGUUCAUGCUUUCCUGGCAUCCGGCAUCUUCCUGUCAACUACGAUCUCCAAGAGACAGAAGGUCCGGUUCUUGCUGGGUAUGUUUGACGAGAACGACGGCCGGAUCCUAAAUUCUGCCGAGUUUGUGGAGAUGAUCUCGUCCUUCUUGCAUGGCAUCGCCUGCGCCUUCGCACUGGUCGACACCGUAAGCCUUGCGCCGAAGCCGAGUCUGCGCCGAAAGCUGGGAAAAUGCCUUUUCGACCGGGUGGUGAACAGCGCCUGCUGCAGUUUGCCUUUCUGGGAGGCCAAGAAGAUCAAAGCCAAAGAUGCAGCACCGAUCUGGCUUAUUGAAGAGUGGUUCCUGAGUGAAGGGGGAGACCCUCUCGCCGCUCCCUUUGCUAUGCUCUUAGAGCGGUUUUCCGUUCGUGAGCUUGAAGAUGAUCCCGAGUUCUUCGAAGAUGAGGACAAAAGCUUCAAGCUGUCCCACACGGCCCCAGUGGAGUUGCCGUUGCAGACAGCAGCCGCACUGGACUCGAGCUUUCUCCGCCGUGAUGAGAUAGGUCUUGGGCGGAAAGUCUUCCGCGAGUGCGAGAGGCAGUGUGACUUCUCUCUGUCUCAUGAAGACAUCGGUCGUGCGCUUGGGGAGUUCAUCCCGCCAGAUCUAUGGUGCGACCGGCUGGUACGAGGUCUGGACGAGAUGGAGCGCUUGCGGGGUGUCGGGCAGACUCUUGCACUGACUUGA